AUGAUUGUUAUCGGUGACUCCCUUUUACACCAUAUUCGUAAACCUAGUACUACACCACGGGAAUCUGUCGAAACUGAACUGUUUUUAAAUCAAAAGCAUUUGAUUAUCAUGAUUGGAACAAAUAAUUUAGCACGUGAAAAAUCCCAACCAACUAUUGUCAAAUUUGAAAAACUACUUCAGUUAAUUCAUCGAAUGUAUUCAUCUUUACGAACGAUCGCUGUGUGUACCGUGCCAACACGUACGAAAAGAAGCAUUUUUUAUCGAACAUACGGUGAUAAUGGUGGAAAGUCAAUACGUAAACGUAUUAAAAGUUAUAAUCGAAAAUUAAAACGUUUAAGUAGAAAACAAACUUCAUCAAAAUGUUUUGAAAUUAUCAAAUUAAAUUUUGAUUUGACAAUACAUGUCUCAAAGGACGGCUUGCAUCCAAAUGCAGCUGGUAUAGAGCAUAUAUCGAAUGUUUUACAAGCGUAUGCCGACUCUCUUUAA